ACAGAAACUAAUGCAGUAUGUCAAUGUAUAAAAAUCAUUUCCAUACAAUUGCUCAUCUCUUCACUCAGCACAGAGAGUCAUCACACACUGACAAGAUGCUGCCAGCACUCUGCUCUCUCUUCACUGCUCUCUCAUGUGUCAGUGGUGUGACUGUGGUGACACAGAAGCCUCCUGUUCUCACAGCGACUAAAGGAGAGAAGAUCACUAUGCACUGUAAUCUGGGAUCUGUUACUGCUAGUGCUGCUCGCUGGUAUAAACAGGUUCCAGGAGGAGCUACACAGUAUGUGUUGAGGAAUUAUCAUGACUGGAGCUCUCCUCAAUAUGGAUCUGGCUUCUCCUCUCCUAAAUUCACAUCAACACACUCAUCUCAAUCAGAUUACACUUUGAUCAUCAGUAAUGUGGAGGUAGGAGACUCUGCAGUUUAUCACUGUAGCACAUGGGACGGCUCUGCUAGUGAGUGGGUAUCACACACUGUGGUAUUCGGCCAAGGAACAAAGCUGAUCGUCACUGACUCUGCUCUCCCGGCUCCUGUUCUGACCAUCUUCCCUCCAUCCAGUGAAGAGCUGAAGUCUAACAAAGCCACUCUAGUGUGUUUGGUCAAUGACAUGUCCAGUGGUCUUGCUGAUGUGCGUUGGCUGGUGGACAGAAACCCGAUCAGCAGUGGAGUGACCACUGGCUCUGCAGAGCAGCAACCCAAUAAGAAAUUCAGACUGAGCAGCUAUUUGACCAUUGAGAGAUCAGAGUGGGAUAAAGAUAAAGCCAUAACAUGUGAAGUGUCUGCUGCCUCAAAAGCCACAACUAAAGAGAUUAAGAAGUCUGAAUGCAGCGACUGAACCUGAUCACAUCUGAUACAUUUUCAUUCUUUUCAUGCAAACUAACAGUUACUACUUGGCAGAGCUUCAUAGCAACAGUAGUUUAAUGUGUAGUGAAGGAUGUUGAUUUCAUUAACCACAACUGGAUCAUCUCCUGCUUAUGGAGUCAUUUGACUUUUAUGUUUAUGAACAAAACUGUUUGAUGAACUUUAAUAAAAUGCAUAACUAAAAAAACUUUGUUGUCCAUUUUUCAUGG